UUCAAAUCGGUGUUGUAGUAGUCAACUGCAUCGCUCAAGGAUGGGGGGAUUGCAGCAGAGAGGAGUUCCAGGUCGAAGGUGAAAGUGGCUGGGUUUAUGUUUUUAAAAUUACGGAAAUUGAUUUGGCCUUUGGGCUUGGUAUGAGAGGUAGGGAACGGUAGCUCCAUGGAAAUGACCUUGUGGUCAGACACGCCCAGUGAGUAGGCGACCAGAUUAUUGAUGGGAAUGGAGUCUUUGAUGACCAGGUCAAGAGUGUGUCCCCUGCUGUGUGUGGGGGUAUCCACAUGUUGAGUGGGGUCCAGAGAGUCCAGGAGUUGUAGAAAAUCAGAUGCAAAUUGGCAGGAUGAGUUGUCCACAUGAAUGUUUAUGUCUCCCAGAAUUAUGACAUUUGUGGAUGUUGAGCAGAGGGUGGUGAGGAGGUCAGAAACUUCGGAGAUGAAAGUUGCGUUUUGUUUGGGUGGUCGAUAAAUGAGGAGCAGGGUCAUGGAAAAGGGGGGUUUACAGUUGAAUGCAAAGCAUUCGAAAGUGGACAACGGUGGUAGGGGGACAGGGGACAGUUCCAGGUGGUCCUUGUGGAGAAUACCUAUGCCACCACCAUGCCCCGUGCUGCGGGCCUUCUCCAGGCGGGUUCUUGAUUCCAUAUCUGCUGAUGCUGUUUCUUGAGGGUCUGCCCUUGUUCUACAUGGAACUGGCCAUUGGUCAGAAGAUGCGUUUGGGGAGCAUUGGAGCUUGGUCGGCCAUCAGCCCUUACUUGGGGGGUGUGGGACUGGCAAGUGUGGUGGCCUCCUUGUAUCUUUGCCUCUACUACAACGUCAUCAACGCCUGGAGCUUCUGGUACCUCUUCAAUUCCUUCCAACCGGUGCUGCCCUGGUCGCAGUGCCCGCUGAACGCCAACAUGACCGGGCCGCUGGAGGAGUGCCAGAAGGCUUCUUCCACCCAGUACUUCUUCUACAGACAAACGGUGGACAUUUCCACUUCCAUCCAAGAGAAUGGCGGCGUGAACAGCAGCCAGGCGUUGUGCCUCCUGCUGGCCUGGCUGAUCACCUACCUGUUCAUCAUACACGGAGUCAAGUCUUCGGGGAAGGUGGUUUACUUCACCGCCAUAUUUCCAUAUGUGGUCCUCAUCAUCUACCUGGUCAGAGGUUUAACUCUUCCUGGUGCCGUCAAUGGUAUCAAAUACAUGUUCACCCCUAAGCUGGAGCAACUGGCCAACCCGACGACUUGGAUCAAUGCUGCCACUCAGAUCUUUUAUUCUCUGGGGCUAGGAUUUGGGUCUCUCAUAGCUUUUUCCAGCUACAACCCAUACCACAACAACUUUGAGCACCAGGCCCUCGUUGUCGGUCUCAUCAACAGCGGAACAUCCAUCUUUGCUUCCAUCGUCACCUUUUCCAUCUAUGGCUUCAAAGCCACAGUGAACUACGAGAAUUGUCUGGAGAGGACCCGCAUAUUGCUGUUGAAUGCCUUCGACCUGGCAGAGGACAGCAUCAGCACCGACAGUGUGUUGGACUGGGUUGUUAAGCUCAAUGCAACGCACCCGGAGCAGUUUGCUCAACUUGGCAAUCAGCUGGAAAACUGUGACCUGAAGUCUGAACUAGAUACAGCAGUGGAAGGAGUUGGUCUUGCCUUCAUUGUGUACAGUGAAGCCAUCCAAAACAUGCCCCUGCCUCAGCUGUGGUCAGUGCUGUAUUAUGCAAUGCUGCUGCUCCUGGGCAUGGGCAGCAUGCUGGGCAACAUCACGGCCAUCACCACGCCGCUACGAGACUUCAAGUUCCUGUCAAAGGUUUCAAACGAGGUGUUAAACGGGACUUUGUGUGCCAUCUUGCUGCUGCUGGGUCUGGGCUUCACCACACCUUCAGGGAACUACUGGUUCACCAUGUUCAACGACUACGGAGCCUCCUUCACCCUGCUCUUUGUGGUCCUUAUCGAGAUUGUGGCGGUCAGCUACAUCUACGGGAUCAAAAGGUUUGAGAAGGACAUCCAAGACAUGCUGGGUCACCCACCCAACUGGUUCUUGAAGUUGAUGUGGUUGGUGGUAAGUCCCGCCAUCCUCUUCAUCCUCUUCUUCUUCUACAUUGUCAACUACAUCAGAGGCGGUGCACCCACCUACCAGGCCUGGGACAAGGAGCUGGGAAAGUCCGUGGUGACAGACUAUCCGGUCUUUGGUCAAGUCUUCAUCGGCCUCCUGCUGGUGUCCGGAGUGAUCUGCGUUCCCGUGGCAGCUCUGUGUGUGUACUGCAGGAACAGGAAACAGGUCUACGUCAAAGACCGGCACACAACUGGAUCUCCUUAGCGUGUUGCUGACACCUCACCUUUUUCCUUAAUUGACUUGCUAAUUCUGCUCCUCACAAAUAUAUCAUGGCUUGUGUACAAUAUGUAAAUACUGUAGAUAUCUUUUAUAAUAUAGUGUCUUCAUUUGCUGUUAGCAUGAAAUGUUGGAGUCAAGCCUCGCUACUUGUAUGUCAUGCAGUAAUAUCAGGUAGCAACUCUCUCAAAAUGACAGUAGACUAAAAUAACUCUCGCUACUUGUAUGUCAUGCAGUAAUAUCAGGUAGCAACUCUUGAUCCUAAAUGACAGUAGACUAAAAUAACCCUCGCUACUUGUAUGUCAUGCAGUAAUAUCAGGUAGCAACUCUCUCAAAAUGACAGUAGACUAAAAUAACCCUCGCUACUUGUAUGUCAUGCAGUAAUAUCAGGUAGCAACUCUCUCAAAAUGACAGUAGACUAAAAUAACCCUCGCUACUUGUAUGUCAUGCAGUAAUAUCAGGUAGCAACUCUCUCAAAAUGACAGUAGACUAAAAUAACUCUCGCUACUUGUAUGUCAUGCAGUAAUAUCAGGUAGCAACUCUUGAUCCUAAAUGACAGUAGACUAAAAUAACCCUCGCUACUUGUAUGUCAUGCAGUAAUAUCAGGUAGCAACUCUCUCAAAAUGACAGUAGACUAAAAUAACCCUUGCUACUUGUAUGUCAUGCAGUAAUAUCAGGUAGCAACUCUCUCAAAAUGACAGUAGACUAAAAUAACUCUCGCUACUUGUAUGUCAUGCAGUAAUAUCAGGUAGCAACUCUCUCAAAAUGACAGUAGACUAAAAUAACCCUCGCUACUUGUAUGUCAUGCAGUAAUAUCAGGUAGCAACUCUCUCAAAAUGACAGUAGACUAAAAUAACUCUCGCUACUUGUAUGUCAUGCAGUAAUAUCAGGUAGCAACUCUCUCAAAAUGACAGUAGACUAAAAUAACCCUCGCUACUUGUAUGUCAUGCAGUAAUAUCAGGUAGCAACUCUCUCAAAAUGACAGUAGACUAAAAUAACUCUCGCUACUUGUAUGUCAUGCAGUAAUAUCAGGUAGCAACUCUCUCAAAAUGACAGUAGACUAAAAUAACCCUCGCUACUUGUAUGUCAUGCAGUAAUAUCAGGUAGCAACUCUCUCAAAAUGACAGUAGACUAAAAUAACUCUCGCUACUUGUAUGUCAUGCAGUAAUAUCAGGUAGCAACUCUUGACAGUUCAUCCUAAAUGUUUUCUAUUAA